AUGACUGCCACCACUGUCCCUGUUCUAUUUAUUGGAUCAGGAAAUAUCACGUUCGGCAAUGAUAAUGUUCGCUGGAACCACUCCCUCAGAAUUGAGAAAUGCCUCGGAGCACAGCUCGAUGUAGUAGGGAUUGUUGAUCCUUCAACAGAGAGAGUGAACCAGGUCCUUGAACAGAAAAGCAUGACCACCGCAAAGGCUUGCUAUUCUCGCACAAGGCACUUCAUCACUUUGGACCAGGCUGCUGCCUCACUCAAGCAGGAUGGUAUCUGGCCUCAGUUUAUUAUCCUAGGCGCACCUCCCCAGUUCCGAGGCACUGAGCUGCCUGGUCGGAACCUUGAAAAUCAGAUACUUCAAGCUUUCGGUUCUGAACCUGGGAUCUUCUGCGAAAAGCCUAUCUCUACUGCUUUGCCCCACGAGUCUCUGCCUGUCUUGGACCUUCUCAAAAAGUCUGGUAACAAAAUGUCGGUUGGUUACAUGCUGAGAUACCUCAAGGUUGUCCAGAAGGCGAAAUCUAUCCUCCAGGAAAACAAUCUCACAGUCAUGUCAAUCAAUGCCCGAUACACCUGCGCCUAUUCGAAGAUCAGAAAGCCAGAUUGGUGGGACAAGUCUAAACAAUGUGGCCCCAUCGUAGAGCAGGGUACUCACUUCUGCGAUUUGUGCCGCUAUAUCGGCGGGGACGUGGUCUUGGAUACUGUUCAAGCGUAUGCAUUAGAGCAUUAUGAAACUCCUGGAAAGCUCUCAAGUAUGUCCAUUGACGAGUCUGUCAUCCCAGAGGACGAGAGGAUCCCUCGAGGAACGUCCGCAAUCUGGAAAUUCAAGAAUGGGGCUUUGGGUUCAUUGAACCACCUGGUUGCGCUCCAUGACAUCAAGUAUUCAAAUGAAAUUGUUAUCACAACUGACGGAUAUCAACUUCGCUUGGUUGAUUUGUACUCGACACCCACGCUUUUUGUUCGCACUCCUGAGUCAGAAGACGAGAAGGAAAUCAUAUUUCCAAAUGACGACCCGUUCUAUUCGGAGUUUGCCGCAUUACUGCAUCCAUUUACGAACAAUACCCCAACGUCCCAGAAAGAAUCGGAGGCUUCUACGACAGAGAUUCUCUCGUCCUAUGAAGAUGCCUAUAAAACUUAUGAAUUUACGUGGGAGAUCAGGAAACAG